AUGGCCGACAAAUGAUUCUCGAUGGCUUCGGCCUUCCAGGCCAGUUGAAGUUGCAGAGGUCUUCCGUCGUCGUGGUCGGAGCAGGUGGAUUGGGAUGUCCAGCUCUUCAAUAUCUUGCUGCUGCCGGUGUCGGAAAGAUCGGAAUCGUUGACCAUGACACUGUCGAGCUAUCGAACCUCCAGCGCCAAAUCCUCCACACCGAGUCUCGUCUCGGACAACCCAAAGCUCAGUCCGCCGCCCAAGCAUUGAAAGAGAUCAACUCCCGUAUUCAAAUCGAUGUCCACAUCGAAGCAGUUUCCCCUUCCAACGCCACAUCCAUCCUCGAACCCUACGACAUCAUCCUCGACUGCACCGACAACGCGCCAACCCGUUAUCUCCUAUCAGAUACUGCUGUCAAACUCGACAAACCUCUCGUCAGCGGCGCAGCACAGAAGUUCGAGGGUCAACUCUGCGUAUAUCACCUAGGCGAGGACGGGCCAUGCUAUAGAUGCUUGUUCCCGAGACCACCGGCUCAGGAGACAGUAGGGACAUGUGAAGAGACGGGGAUCUUGGGCGCUGUGACGGGUGUUAUUGGGAAUUUACAGGCUCUGGAGGCGAUUAAGAUUAUAACGGGAAUGCAUGAGGGCAAGCCAGGCUUGCUAAUAUACUCAUCCCUUGGCACCCCUCCAUUCCGUAGCAUCAAGUUGCGAACGCGCCGUCCGACGUGUCCAGCAUGUGGGAUCGAAGAUCAGAAGGUUGGAAGCAUUAACGAAGGGAUGGAUUACGUUCAGUUCUGUGGUGGAGAACGGCCGGACUGGGUCAGUCGUGGGUUACUUGAUGGCUUGCAGGAGACCAGGAUCCGUGCGACCGAGUUAAAACGCGUGUUAAGUGGAGAAGACAGUGCACCGUCGGGGAAGGUUCAAAUCAUCGACGUUCGACCGAGAACUGAGUUUGGGAUCUGUGCAUUGCCUGGAUCUAUCCACGUGCCCUUGACGGAUGUCGUCGCCUACCCAUCGAAGUACAUCCAAUCCUCCCCAUUUUCGCAGACUUUUGUGGUCUGCCGCCUUGGUAACGACUCUCAGAUUGCCGCUGAAGCACUGAGAUCAGUCGACAGUGGCAAUACGACUGUGCCACAUGUAGUGAAGGAUCUUGUAGGUGGUUUGAGGGCAUGGUCGAAAGAAGUAGACCCGGAAUUCCCCAUGUAUUGAACAUCCAUAGUAUCACCGUUUGUAGCUAUGCGUGUUCACACAAGAUAUUGUAGCCUUAGAAUUAUAGUGC